AUGGCAGCGAAAGAGAUGAUCAGUCCGCUCCGUUGCAAGCGGCCACUAGAGCGACCAUCCCCUGGAAGUAUUCGUACUACCAAUGCGCGCAUUAGUAUCCAGCCAAGCCCUAACCGCACAGAAGCCGCAACCGCAAUGAUGCAUUUGCUCUCAGGCAACAACGGCAUAGAAGGCGAAGCAAGCUCAGGCCUUCAGUCCACCAAAGUAAAGCAAGAUUGUCCACAUCGAGAGGCAAAGAAGGCGAGAAAGUCAUUCAAGCGACAGAUGAAGACGGUGUGGAUGGAAGCAACAGGCACGGCAGCGAUGACGAAGAUUCCUGUGGAAAACGCCAAAGCAGAGAUCGAUGGUCAGACGCCAGAGAAGGGAGAGAUGUGUAUGGGAAUGAAAGCAUCGAGGUUGAACGGAGACCAGAUUGGAUUCUUUUCCUUUCAAGAGUACAAUCGGAAGGAGAAAUCGCUGGGAUUGCUCUGUGAGAAUUUUCUGCGAUUGUACCAGGAUGACAGUAUUUCAGAAAUCUGUUUGGAUCAAGCCGCGCUGGAACUAGGUGUUGAACGAAGACGCAUCUACGAUAUCGUGAACAUUCUAGAGAGCAUUCACCUCGUGAGUCGGAAGAGUAAGAAUUUGUACAAUUGGCACGGACUCGUAUCACUCCCGACAUCCAUCAGCACAAUGAAGUUCGAAAUGAAGCAACGGUACGCUAGUGUACAACAAUCGUCCGUGUUCGACGCGCGCGGGCAAGAUUACUCUGCAGUCAAACACGACCGACGGAGAGGCAAGUCGUUAUCAAAGCUGAGUCAAAUGUUUGUCCAGCUGUUCCUCGGAAAGGAAGACUGCAUUAUUCCACUAGAUCAAGCUGCCAAGCAGCUCAUUCAAAUGGAAGACAGCGAAAGCGAAGAGGAUGGUCUUUUGAAAACCAAGAUUCGCCGACUCUAUGACGUGGCCAAUGUUCUGGUAAGCGUUGGGUUGAUCGAGAAGCUACAGCUAUCCAACUCUCGCAAACCCGUUUUUCGCUGGAAAAUGUGUAGCACUGCACCAGUUUCCACACGUUCGGAAGCUACUUCUGCGCACAACGGAGACAAUAAGCAGGAAACGCCGAUCCAGCAUAUCACCGACAGCACUGUCGAAGUGAAGACUGAAGUGGAUUCUUCUGGCGCUAAAGUCAAUCACUGUGCCGUCGGGCAUGCUACAAAGUCGUGCGGUAACUACAUGUCGGAUGAUUGCAGCGACUCUCUCUCCGAUCUCAAUCGCUGCAGUUUAAAGAAAAAUCAAAAUGGUCAAGAUGGGAGUGACAUUAGCACCUCGGACGGCGAGGCAUUGAACAAGCGCAAUCGUCAAAGCGUGAGGACCGAAGGCAUGGACGAUCCCUGUUCUCAAUCUGUGAGCGGAGACAGCAUUGGGUUGCUUCUACGAUUGGAUGCCAACAACGAACCCGUCCACCCUCAAGUCGUUCUCUGUGAACAGCAAGCACAAGUGAAGCGCUACAUGCAGCGCUACAUUCGUGAGUACGUCGACUACAUGACUGCGCACCCGGAGCUUGCCAAUCACACUUGCCGUACAACCGGGACCGAAGCAAGAGGUGACGUGCUUCCUCCUUCAGUGUCCAAGCCAACCAAUGUUAUUACUGCCAGCUCAAAAGAUGGCCCAAGUACCCUCGUCAGCCUCCCGUUUCGUGCUGGAAACGCCCAGGACUCGCUCUUGCUAGAAAGUCCCCAAUCGGUAAUCAACCUCGACACAGCUCAAGUUGCAAGUCCCCAGCACGCGAAGCGUCUCAGAAUGUCUUCAGUUGCCGACUCGUAG